CGGCACCGACCACACGCCACGGCUGAACGCUGACGCCGCCGACCCAACAAAUGCCGCCUAGCGCCUCAGGAGCUGCGUCUCCGCUGAAGGGCAGCGGAGACAGCCGAAGUUUUACAUCUGAAAAAACUGAAACCUGAAGAAGUAAAGCAAUCAUGAUUUUUUAAAAACUUAAUAAUAUGGUUUUGGAUUUAAAAAGAAAGAGUGACUCAGAGCUGGGGAAAACACUCACUUGUGAUACGGAUCAAUGUGAAAACAGCUUAACUCUCUUCCAUGGCAAUUCGCACAGUGUGACUCAGAGACACCUCUCUUCACCAGCUCUGGCUCAGGGGAUGUGAAGGUGGAAGCAGAGGUCACAGUGACUUCAUCUUAGAAGGACUUAACUGACCAUUGCUGGUUUUGAAGAUGGAAGAAGGCCCACAGUCAAUGAAUGAGAGUGGCUUCGAGAAGCUAGAAAUGUCAAGGAAAUAGAUUCUCCUCUAAAGCUCCCAGAAAGAAACACGGUUCUGCUGACACCUUGAUUUUAGGCCAGUGAGACCUGCUUCAGACUUCUGACCUACAGAACGAUGGAGUCUCGCUGUGUCCCUUAGGCUGGAGUACAGUGGCACAAUCUUGGCUCAUUGCAACCUCUGCCUCCCAGGUUCAAGUGAUUCUCCUGCCUCAGCUUCCCAAGUACUGGGAUUACAGAUUUCCUUAAAGCCUCAUGCAACACAUCAUUAUCGCUGGAUGCCCGGACAUUUAAUACACCUGACAGCAUGUGAAGUGCUCAGAAUGGGGCAGGAUGUCACCUGGAAUCAGCGCUAAGUGAUUCAGACUUUCCUUACUCUUAAAUGGUAAAAAGUCUAAAUACUUUUCUUAAUAUUAUUUUAUAUUAAUGAUGGUCAGUUAUUCAUUUUUAUUUGUAUUAUUACUAUUCACAACUCAUUUCCUAGUAGUUAAGUUUCUGGCAUUAAAAACUAGUGUCAAAUCUCUAGAAAUCUUGUUAUGAACAGAUUUAUAACAGUCAAAUUGAUAGUAUUUGACUUUCUUUUUUUAGAACAGCAGUGCUUAUCAGCGUAGAACCAAGUGCCAAGUUAUAAAAUUGAUUUUUGAAAACAAAGCUAUUUAAUGUUUGUAAGCAUUUUAUAUAGUAAAAGUGGGUUGUGUUCCUGGAAUUUGAAUGUAGAUGAAGGUCUGUCAUAAAUUACAAUUUGUAUACACUAUUGUUUUCUGCAAGACUUAGUUAUUACUGUCUGUUAUAACUAAUACAGAAAAUGCAAGCUGUAUCUCUCUUUUGGAUUAUGAAUAUUUUGUUUUCUUGUAGUGUCUGGCAUGGAACUAAACUCAUUGUGGGACCAACCCAACACAGUCCCAAACUGGGCUUGGUUUCAUCUGAGGCUUUUCAAUCCAAUUUGAAGUCACAACCAUUUCCAAACUUCUCGCUAAGAAUGCCCCAAAUCCUAAAUCAGCAAAAAGCAGAAUGGGUCUGAUCUCUUUUAGGGCUGCUGACACCAGCUAAUGGACAUUAAAAGAUGUCAGGAGGAACUUAAAUUACUAACGAUUUCAAGACAAGGGGUGCUAAUUCUGGCACAGUGUCAGAAACUCAUCAACUAUAGACUGUUCAAUCAUUAUUGCCUAGGCCUCCAACUAUGGUUUUGCACCUCAACAUACCAAAGAGUGCUGCUCUUCAUUUCAAGAUGCUGUUGCAGCUCUAAUAAAUGCAAACUGACAACCUUCAAGGCCACAACGGAGGGAAAAUCAUUGGUGCUUGGAGCAUAGAAGACUGCCCUUCACAAAGGAAAUCCCUGAUUAUUGUUUGAAAUGCUGAGGACGUUGCUGCGAAGGAGACUUUUUUCUUAUCCCACUAAAUACUACUUUGUGGUUCUUGUUUUAUCCCUAAUCACCUUCUCCAUUUUAAGGAUUCAUCAAAAGCCGGAAUUUGUAAGUGUCAGACACUUGGAGCUUGCUGGGGAGAAUCCUAGUAGUGAUAUUAAUUGCACCAAAGUUUUACAGGGUGAUGUAAAUGAAAUCCAAAAGGUAAAGCUUGAGAUCCUAACAGUGAAAUUUAAAAAGCGCCCUCGGUGGACACCUGAUGACUAUAUAAACAUGACCAGUGACUGUACUUCUUUCAUCAACAGACGCAAAUAUAUUGUAGAACCCCUUAGUAAAGAAGAGGCGGAGUUUCCAAUAGCAUAUUCUAUAGUGGUUCAUCACAAGAUUGAAAUGCUUGACAGGCUGCUGAGGGCCAUCUAUAUGCCUCAGAAUUUCUAUUGCAUUCACGUGGACACAAAAUCCGAGGAUUCCUAUUUAGCUGCAGUGAUGGGCAUCGCUUCCUGUUUUAGUAAUGUCUUUGUGGCCAGCCGAUUGGAGAGUGUGGUUUAUGCAUCGUGGAGCCGCGUUCAGGCUGACCUCAACUGCAUGAAGGACCUCUAUGCAAUGAAUGCAAACUGGAAGUACUUGAUAAAUCUUUGUGGUAUGGAUUUUCCUAUUAAAACCAACCUAGAAAUUGUCAGGAAGCUCAAGUUGUUAAUGGGAGAAAACAACCUGGAAACGGAGAGGAUGCCAUCCCAUAAAGAAGAAAGGUGGAAAAAGCGGUAUGAGGUCGUUAAUGGAAAGCUGACAAACACAGGGACUGUCAAAAUGCUUCCUCCGCUUGAAACACCUCUUUUUUCUGGCAGUGCCUACUUCGUGGUCAGUAGGGAGUAUGUGGGGUACGUACUACAGAAUGAAAAAAUCCAAAAGUUUAUGGAGUGGGCGCAAGACACAUACAGCCCUGAUGAGUAUCUCUGGGCCACCAUCCAAAGGAUUCCUGAAGUCCCGGGCUCACUCUCUGCCAGCCAUAAGUAUGAUUUGUCUGACAUGCAAGCAGUUGCCAGGUUUGUCAAGUGGCAGUACUUUGAGGGUGAUGUUUCCAAGGGUGCUCCCUACCCACCCUGCGAUGGAGUCCAUGUGCGCUCAGUGUGCAUUUUCGGAGCUGGUGACUUGAACUGGAUGCUGCGCAAACACCAUUUGUUUGCCAAUAAGUUUGACGUGGAUGUUGACCUCUUUGCCAUCCAGUGUUUGGAUGAGCAUUUGAGACACAAAGCUUUGGAGACAUUAAAACACUGACCAUUACAGGCAAUUUUAUGAAUAAGAAGAAGGAUACACAAAACGUACCCUUAUCUGUUUCCCCUUCCUUGUCAGUAAGCGUCGGAAAGAUGGUAUGAGGUCCUCUUUGGGGCAGGGACUCUAGAUCUUCUUGUCAGAGAAGCUGCAUGGUUUCUGCAGAGCACAGUUAGCUAGAAAGGUGAUAGCAUUAAAUGUUCAUCUAGAGUUAAUAGUGGGAGGAGUAAAGGUAGCCUUGAGGCCAGGGCAGGUAGCAAGGCAUUGUGGAAAGGGGACCAGGGUGGCUGGGGAAGAAGCCGAUGCAUAAAGUCAGCCUGUUCAAAGUGCUCAGGGACUUAGCAAAAUGAGAAGAUGUGACCUGUGCCGAAACUAUUUUGAGAAUUUUAAAUGUGACCAUUUUUCUGGUAUGAAUAAACUUACAGCAACAAAUAAUCAAAGAUACAAUUAAUCUGAUAUUAUAUUUGUUGAAAUAGAAAUUUGAUUUUACUCUAAAUGAUUUUUGUAAAUAAUUUAUAUUCUGCUCUAAUACUGUACUGUGUAGUGUGUCUCUGUAUGUCAUCUCAGGGAGCUUAAAAUGGGCUUGGUUUAACAUUGUUUUUGUGUUAUUUUUGCUUGAAACAAUGCACACAUUUUCAAAAACCAAAAAAUGACAAUUUCUAGUUUAGUUAAUUUCUACAAAUCAUCUUAGGUUAUUAGCAAGGUUAAGACAUCUUCUUUUUUAAAAAAAUUAUAGCUUCUACCAAGAGAAACACUCAAUUUUUCUAGAGAUUUGCCUCUAUCUUCCUUUCGUUAGUCUCCCCAGACUGCUAUCAAGCUGUGUAAAAAUUUACUUUCACUGGACCCUAAAUUAUUGUCUCUGCGAUCUGACUGCCAGUAAUUAGUGCAGAAAACUAAGACAGAAAGGAUGAUAUAGGUUUGAGGGGCUGGGGAGUGGGACGGGGGAGAAAAGGAACGUAUUUAAACAAUUUCUGAUGCCUAUGAUGAGUUUACAAACCAGCACUGACACCGUCCCCAAAAUUAAGGCUGUCGCUCAUUGAAUCCACUUGUGUCCAACCUCCCAGGAUUGUUUUAUCCUAAUGUCACCUGUAUAUUCAUUUGAAAGGACUUGGCCCUGUUCUUGGGUCUUCCCGUUACCUGCCCCUGGGUUGUAAGUUUCCUCCUUUCUCAUCCUUACAUGAGGAGGAAAGAAGUGUGCAGUCAUUCCACAUGGCCUGUUGGAAGGCCUGGGAAGGGAACUUUAGGUUUGGGACAGAUUUUUUUUUGUUUUUGGUACCAUUCACAGCAUACGAUUUUUACUCUCUCCAUUUUCACCAUAAGACAGAUAAUUUGGGGUUACUAUAAUGCUGUCUCACAUCCCAAAGUACAUUCAAAUCUUAAAAAGAAAUUCUUGUAAUUUUGCCGUGUUGAUACUGUUUCAGCAAACAAGCUAUCAGGAACUGUGAGGCUUUGUCAUUUAGCAUUAGACUUUAAACAAGAAUUAAAAUCAUGUGCUGUAUUUUUAAAACAUAGCCAAAUUAAAUAGUACAUGAGAAAUUCAGAGUAUUAGACAGUUUUAAGGCAUUCAACUGAGAAAACCUUUUUUAUUCGUCAAAGUCAGAAAACAUUUUCAUCUUAUUGAGAGAUAUGUUUUUAAACUUUUAUCAUCAUUUGUAAAUGUGGAAGUUGGUGGAUUGCUGUGUUUUUGCAUGAUUAGCAUGGGAGUCUGUUGGAGCAAGAGGAAAAUGUUUGUUUUGAAAACUCAAGAGAUGAUGAGGGCGGUACAUGCAGUGUGUUCUCUCUUUAUUGGCUUCUAAACCAGUUUUUUCCUUUAAUGCAUGUCAAAUAUUUCUCCCAUGCUUCUCUUAGCAGAAAGUUUUUACCUAUAAGACAGGGCACCUUUUAACUCUAAAACUAGUGAUACUCAGUGACAUAGACUUUGUCUUAUAAACAUUUUUUCAUCUUUUAGUUUGAAAAAUUGCAAAUCAACAGCAAAAGUAAAACAGUACUAGAGUGAACACCAUGUAACCCUCACCUGGUGUUAACAUUGUGCCCUAUUUGCUUUAAGUUUUAUGUAUUUUUGAACUUGGCAAAAUUGGAAAUUCAAAUUUUUAAAACUUACAAAUAUACAAAGUUAUUUAUCUUAGCACAUUUAUUAUGUGUGACUGCAUCUGAUUUAUAUUUAAAUUGGCAGGUUUUGAGGGAUUUUUUUCUUCAUCAUAAAUGUAAAAAUAGGAUUUUAGAGUCUAUUUCCCCAAGCUCCACAUUAAAACUGUAAACCUACCAUCUUCUAUGUAGCUGUGAUAUCUCAUCUUUCUAAAAUGGCACUUGUUAAAAAGUGUUCAAACACUAUCCCUAAUGCCUGCGGCAUAGAUUAUAUAUGAUCCAUUCAUUGGGGCUCAAAGUAUCUUUUCGACUUUUAAGGACAAUUUACAGCAAAUGAAAUUUAUGAUGCUGUGACAAGAAAUUUAAAGAAUCAAAACAAUGGUUUGAAAAGGAAACCUAUGAUACAUGCAGGAGAAGCAAAACCCAACUGAUUUGUGAGAAAUAUAGAAAUUAUUUAAAUUACUUUAUAGUAAUUAUUAAACACUAAUUUUUAUACUGUCAAUGAAGGUGUUUUAUAGAGAAAUCUGAGAAAUCGCAUUCACAAAUUAGAAGUCAAACAUGGCCAGGCGCAGUGGCUCACACCUGUAAUCUUCAGGAUUUCAAGACCAGCCUAGCCAACAUGAUGAAACCCCAUCUCUACUGAAAAUAGAAAAAAAAAUUAGCCAGGCUUGCACCUGUAAUCCCAGUUACCUGGGAGGCUGAGGCAGGAGAAUCUCUUGAGCCCAGGAGGCAGAGGUUGCAGUGAGCUGAGAUCCCACCUGGGUGACAGAGUGAAACUUGUAUCUCCAAAAACACAAACAGUCCUUAAACAUGUGAACAAAAAUUUUGUGAUGGAAGGAUUCUAGUUAAUGAGUAUUGCAUCAAGAUUUACAUCUUUCUUACUAAGGACAAGAGUUAAUAAAAAUUGUUCUUUAUUUUACAGGCAGUUACUGAGGCUCUUCCCGGAUCUCAGUAAACAGCCACUCAGCCUUGAAAAUGGAGCGUUGUUGUUUCUAAACAUAUAUUUAUGUCAUUUAUUAAGUACAGUUCACUUAAAUAACAUAAGUAGAUUUUCUCUUGUAGUGAUUUGGGUAGGAAGAGGCCAUGUUUCAGUUCGUUUCCUCUGUAGGGUCGAUUGAAUCGGAACUUUUCAGUUGUUGAGAAAAAAAUAAUUUCUCAUAUUAAAUACAGAUGCUCCUCAACUUAUGAUGUGGGUAGGUCCCAGUAAACCCAUUAUAAUUUGAAAAUAUCAUAUUGAAAAUGCAUUUAAUAUCUCUUACCUGAAAUCAUAACUUAGCCUAUCCUACCUUAAAUGUUCUCAGAACAUUUAGCCUGCAGUUGGGCAAAACCAUUUAACACAAAGCCUAUUUUAUAAUGAAGUGUUGAAUAGCUCAUGUUAUAUACUGAAUACUGUUCUGAAAGUGAAAAACAAUGAUUGUAUGGGUACUCAAAGUAUAAUUUCUACUGAAUGCAUAUCACUUGUGCACUGUUGUAAAGUUGAAAAACCGUUAAGCCUCUUAUGAUUUUUAAGUAAGUUGGGGACCGUCAGUUUAAAAUAAAUGCAAUACUGUUUAUGAUAAACAUGGUCAUUGUAAGUUUUACUCUUUUGAAUGAGGGUGCGACGGAAUGCAGUUAGAAUCAGUUCAUAUCACCAUUAAAAUCAUCCAUUCAGAAACCAA